CCUUCUUUUAGCACUAACCAUGUCAUCAAUCGAGGGUCUUGCAUCAGAGAAAUCCACUUUCUUGGGCUCGGCUCUCGCUGUGCGUGCAGCCGAUCAGGCUUACUUUGGCGGACAUCAAGUCUACACCAACGUAUCCCCGUCCACAUCCAAGGGUGGACCCCAUGGUGGUCAUGGAGGACCUCAUAGCCAUGGUGGCCACCCACACGGACACCAAAAAGGACAUGGGAAGGAACUGGUCCCGAAAGCCGACAUGCCAGUCGUACCGAAAGGUGAUUUGCAUGUUGCCAUUCAAUACGCGAAAGAAAUAGUAGCCAAAGCAAUGGCUGAAGCAGGCCCAUCUGGACUUGUAGAUGAAGCGCUCGCUCGGGAGGUUAAAGCUCUCAGAAAGGAAAAUGAAGAAAUAAGAAAGGAACUGGCCGAGUUGCGUGAGACUAUCGAGAAAUUUGCGCGCAUGAAUGCUAUUCCAGCUAAGGCAAGCGAGAAAACUGAGAAAACACCUCCAGCCAAUGAGACAAAGGAGGCUGUUGCUGAUGAAGAUUUUGAUCUCUUCGGUUCUGAUGAGGAAGAGGAUGCCGAGAAGGCUAAAGUAGUGGAGGAACGUCUCAAAGCUUAUGCUGAGAAGAAGUCCAAGAAGCCGGGACCUAUUGCCAAAUCGUCCGUGAUCCUUGACGUCAAACCUUGGGACGAUGAGACCAACCUUAAAGAGAUGGAAGAUCUUGUGCGUGGAAUUGGAAUGGAUGGUUUAGUUUGGGGUGGAUCCAAACUGAUCCCAGUUGGAUAUGGAAUCCAAAAAUUGCAAAUUAUUUGCGUGAUUGAAGACGAGAAAGUGUCCGUUGAUGACCUGAUCGACAAAAUCACCGGCGAUUUUGAAAGCCAUGUUCAAUCCGUGGAUAUUGUCGCAUUUAACAAGAUCUAGGGUCUUUUUUCUGCUCAAAAUACUCCUCAACCGAGUGUUGUUGUCUUGUCAAUGACUUAAUACGUGAUAAAGUUUUAAUAUUGUUCAAGUGCUGAUUGUGAAUGGCAUUAAGGCCACAAAACUUUUCAGCAUUUGUAGUAGAAAGG